UAUCAGGAAUUAGAUAAGAGUUCGGAGAAAGAGGUGAACCCGUGCUUUCUUCUUCUCUGAUUCAAACCCAAGCUUUCUCAGGAAUGACAACAGGUGGCAAUGGCGGUGGCGCGCCGAUGAAGAGGCAGCGGGUGGGGAGCAACAGCCGCCUCGCCGCCAUCGAUUCAUCCCGUUCCGAUGGAACCAUUGCCGAGGCCUCCCGCAAACCGCCAGGUCUCCGCCGCUCCACCUCUCACUCACUACUCCCCUCCUCUUCUCUCGCAGCCGCAUCCGGUGGAUUCAACGAUCCCUCCACUUCCGACGUUGUUCUCCGUCUCUUCUACCUCGACCAAUCCUCGUCCUUCGUCUCCGACGAUUCCGAGUCCUUCUCGGACGAUUCCGACGUCCAGAUCUUCCUACACUCGGAUGUACUUCGCGAAUCGAAAUACUUCGCCGCGUUGUUCUCCGAGCGGUGGCACAGAGACUCAGGUGUUCUGGACUCUGACAGCUCUAGGAAAAUUUACCGGUUAAAUUUGGGGAUUUCGUCGACUUCUGGAUCGAUCGACAAUCAUUUGCUUGUUCUCAGGCUUCUUUACACGAAUGAUUUCUCGAGCAUGAUUAAUAGCGUUUCGACGGCUCUCUCGAUACUUCCCGUGGCCCUCGAACUACUAUUCGAGGAUUGUGUUAGCUUUUGCGUUCGGUUCUUGGAGGCGGUACCGUGGAGCGAAGAGGAAGAGAAGAGAGUUCUGAGUUUGGUGCCCUUUCUCAAUGAUGAAGAGUCUCGGGAGCUUCUCGCUAGGGUUUCUCCUAAAAAUGAUUCGGCCGAGGAAAUGCUUAAGGGGCUGAUUCUGACGGCAAUUCACAACCACCCGAACAUGGCCUUCGCGAAAGCUUUUGUUGCGAAGCUCUUGAGAGAUUUUUCCUCGAAGGAAUCGGCGAAGAGAGUGUUGGAUCUGGCUUUUGAGAAGAGUCUGAAGGUCGUGAAAGAGUCUUUGGAGGAGUACUCGAGUCCUGCUUUUAGGGGGGACUAUAACGAGACAGAGGCGAUCCAGAGAUUGAAUUUGCAUACUGCAAUGACGAAUGGGAGGCAUAUGUUAUGGUUGGUGGACAGGAUGAUUGAACUGGGGUUAGCAGAUACUGCCGUGAAGGAGUGGAGCAACCAGGCUUCGUUCACAGCGGAUUUGCAGAGGGCAUUACGGGAUGACGCCUGGAGGAAUAUUGUACCUGGACUUCCUGCUGUUGUGCUUCGCUGCACGUUUAAGCUUGCCAACGCUGUCGCAGCUGGAACCAUUUUGGCUGCUAGAGAGGUAAGGAUGAAACUCGUAAAUUAUUGGCUGCCGGUGCUGAUUGUGUGCAAAGAAAAUAUGUCCCCGAUGCUACACAGCCAGAAAUCACUAUAUCUGGAGCUUGAAGAAACAUUCCUGAGAAUCAUCUCUACGCUGCCCAUAUCUGAUGCACAGGGGUUGUUGCAGCAGUGCCUCAGCUUCUCAACUCGAAGUGUUGAAGACUGCCCUCACUUGGUAACUGCCUUCAAUACCUGGUUCCGCCGUGCAACUCAUCGCCCCCGCCCCGAUGAAUGAUCAUCAUCAAACAUAACAAUUCUUCUCUUCUACCGUAAACUGGCACUUUCUAUCAAACAUUGUGCACAUUAACCAUCAUCGUUUUGCUUGUGAAGCUGACAAUUGUGCCCAUAAACCUCCUGGGGUCGCCCCCCUUAGUGUAAAUUCAGUCUUGUUCUAUUAGCCCGGGGAUCUCUUCUGUCAUGUUAUCGUGUGUGCUAAUUUAGUGUCCCAGUCUAAUUAUGUGUUUUAUACUUAGAUUGUGAAUAUAUUAGAGUGGAUGGUUAUUGUUCAAUUAAAGAUUAGAUUUUACACUUGU